AGGGAGGUGUGUCCAAGGGGAAGGCGGAAGUGGUUCCCGCCGGCGCCCGCUGGCCUGCCAAGUUCCUCAGUAGGGCUUUUUGCCUUUUCGGGGACUUCUCGGCAGGAAUCGCCUGUUAGGACAUCACUUAGUCUCUGGCUUUACUAUCCCCACAUUCUUUCCCUAGUUUCUUGCACUUCUAGAGAUUGAGAACUACUGCAGAAACAAGCAAAGCUCAUUCCCCGGGCGGGUGCAGCGGGCUCCAGGCGAAGGGCAAUUUCCCGCGUUCGUCAAUCGAAAUCAUUGAUUUUGCCCCCAUUCCAGAGCUUCAGUGGCUCGUUUGCUUCCCAGUUCUGCAAGAGCGCUGGGCGACACAGUAAUGGAGAAGCGGCUGCAGGAGGCUCAGCUGUACAAGGAGAAAGGGAACCAGCGUUACCGGGAAGGGAAGUACCGAGAUGCUGUGAGUAGGUACCACCGAGCUUUGCUUCAGCUACGGGGUCUGGAUCCAAGUCUGCCCUCCCCGAUCCCUAACCUAGGCCCUCAGGGCCCGGCUCUCACGCCUGAACAAGAAAACAUGCUCCACAGCAUCCAGACAGACUGCUACAACAAUCUAGCUGCCUGCCUCCUUCAGAUGGAGCCAGUGAACUACGAACGCGUGAAGGAAUACAGCCAGAAAGUCCUGGACCGCCAGCCUGAGAAUGCCAAGGCCUUGUACCGGGCUGGAGUGGCCUUUUUCCACCUGCAGGACUAUGACCGGGCUCGGCACUACCUCCUGGCUGCUGGCAGUCGGCAGCCGAAAGAUGCCAACGUGAAGCGGUACCUCCAGCUGACACAGUCACAGCUCAGCAGCUACCACCAGAAAGAGAAGCAGCUCUACCUGGGCAUGUUCGGCUAACGGAAAACAAGAUGCUCCUCCACCAAGCUGAGGGGACCGCCAAGGACCCGCGCAAGGGAAACCCGAGCCUCAGAGAGAAUUUCACCCAUACCUCAGACCCACCUGGAUUUCUGUUCUCAUUUCUAGUCCUGUACAGCUGUUUACCACUUUCACAGUCCUUUUUUUUUUUAACAUAUCCAUCUAUACAUUUCCAUGUUUUAUAUAUGACUAUUCAUCUGUGUCUGUUGAAUGAAUCACAUCUGUAGAUUUUCAUGACAGAUGUCACAUGUGUUUAUGCAGAGAAAGCUAGAAGACAUUUCUUUUUUUGUUACCUCGGAUGCCCCAACCCAAACCAAAGUUAUACAGGCCACAUGAUAGGGAAUAGGAGAGGGGGAGAGAGAGAGAGAGAGUGUGUGUGUGUGUGUGUGUGUGUGUGUGUGUGUAACUUACCAUUAUAAAUUGGGCUCACAUUUCUAGGUCUAAGGGUGUAGCUCAGUGGUGGAGAAUUUGCCUCACAUGUGUGAGGCCCUGAGUUUGAUCCCUAAUCCUCCAUCCCCUCAUUCCCUGCUAAUGAAAAAUAAAUUAAUUAAAUAACAAAUUGGGUCCUUGUAUCUUAAAAGUAUUUUAGUUGACUUUUUUUUAAAUUCCUUUUGUUAUAAUAAAUUAGUUCUUAAUAUUCCACAUACAUUCCGUUGUUUUGGGGUUCUCAGGGGCUACUCCCAGCUUACUACUUGGGGACUGUGCAGUGCCAAGGAUUGAACCAGGGCUUCCUGCGUGCAAAGCGGCAAUCUUUAAGCUAUCUUUGUCAGACCUGCUCAGGAAUUUUUGGGGGACACUCCUGGCGGCGGUACUCGGCACCCCCAAGGAAACCGUCUGUGUCCUGGGGCUCCAACUCCAGGCUCCUGGAUACAAAUUAUGGCCGCCAAUGUAAGAAGGGAAAAAAGUAUGUGUGUAUAUAUGUGUGUGUGUGUGUGUGUGUGUGUGUGUGUGUGUGUACACACACUGACAUGCAUACAUAUACAUGUUAAAGCUGCUACAGUAAUUUAAAAUUGGGACAGGGAGAUGGUUCAAAGGCUUCAGUUCGUGCUUUGUACGCGAAGCCUUGGAUUUGAUCCCUGGCAGCCCCCAGAACCACAUGGCCUAAACAUCACGUUGCUGACUGCUGAACCAUCAGCCAGUUGGCGGAGAGUGUUACCAGCAGUGACUCCAGGGCCCCUCGUCACUGCUCACCCCACCCCCCAAAAAAAAUCACAAGAAGGGAGCAAUAAUGCAGUGGGGAAGGUGCUUGCCUUGCAUGUGGCUGACACAGGUUCAAUCCCUGGCACUCCCUAUAGUCUGAGCCCGCCAGGAGUGAUCCCUGAGUAAGCUGUGAGCACCUCCGUGCGACCCAAAAACAACCCAUAAAAUAUGUUACCUAUCCUAAACAAUUUCUAGUCCUUGCAAUUGCUCUUACUUGGAUAAUACAACAUUUUUCAUUAAAAUUAAGUUUGGGGCUAGAGCGAUAGCACAGUGGGUAGGGCGUUUGCCUUGCACGCGGCCGACCCGGGUUCGAUCCCCAGCAUCCCAUAUGGUCCCC